AUGGAGUCGUCUCGCGGCCCUCCCAGGGUCAAGAACAAGGCCCCCGCGCCGAUCCAGAUCUCAGCGGAGCAGCUGCUCCGCGAGGCGGUUGACCGGCAGGAGCCCGCGUUGCAGGCGCCGACGCAGCGAUUCGCGGACCUCGAAGAACUGCACGAGUACCAGGGCCGCAAGCGAAAGGAGUUUGAAGACUAUGUGCGCCGCAAUCGGAUUAACAUGAACAACUGGAUGCGGUAUGCAGCCUGGGAACUGGAGCAGAAGGAAUUCCGGCGGGCGCGAUCGAUCUUUGAGCGGGCGCUGGACGUCAACCCGACCUCGGUGGUGCUCUGGAUCCGGUACAUCGAGUCGGAGAUGCGGAAUCGCAACAUCAACCAUGCGAGGAACUUGCUGGACCGGGCGGUCACCAUCUUGCCCCGGGUGGACAAGCUCUGGUACAAGUAUGUGUACAUGGAGGAGACGCUGGGGAAUAUUCCGGGCACGCGGCAGGUGUUUGAGCGGUGGAUGUCAUGGGAGCCGGAGGAGGGCGCCUGGAGUGCGUAUAUCAAGCUUGAGAAGCGGUACAAUGAGUUUGAGCGCGCGCGCGCGAUCUUCCAGCGGUUUACUAUCGUUCACCCGGAGCCGAGGAACUGGAUCAAAUGGGCCCGGUUCGAGGAGGAGUAUGGGACGAGUGAGUUGGUGCGGGAAGUCUACGGGAUGGCGAUUGAGACCCUGGGGGAGGAUUUCAUGGAUGAGAAGCUCUUCAUCGCGUACGCCAAGUUCGAGGCGAAGCUCAAGGAGUAUGAGCGGGCGCGAGCGAUCUACAAGUACGCCUUGGACCGGCUGCCCCGUUCCAAGGCGAUGGCGCUUCACAAGGCCUACACAACGUUCGAGAAGCAGUUCGGCGACCGGGAGGGCGUCGAGGAUGUGAUCCUGUCCAAGCGCCGGGUGCAAUACGAGGAACAGCUCAAGGAGAACCCGCGAAACUACGAUGUCUGGUUUGACUUUGCACGGUUGGAAGAAACGUCGGGCGAUCCGGACCGGGUUCGAGAUGUCUAUGAACGGGCGAUUGCGCAGAUCCCUCCGUCGCAGGAGAAGCGGCACUGGCGACGGUACAUCUACCUGUGGAUCUUCUACGCCAUCUGGGAGGAGAUGGAGGCCAAGGACGUUGACCGGGCCCGCCAGAUCUACACGGAAUGCCUGAAGCUGGUCCCCCACAAGAAGUUUACAUUUGCCAAGAUCUGGCUGCUGAAAGCGCAGUUCGACAUCCGCCAGAUGGAUCUGCCGGCGGCGCGCAAGACGCUGGGCCAGGCGAUUGGGAUGUGCCCCAAGGACAAGGUCUUCCGGGGUUACAUCGACCUCGAGCGGCAGCUGUUCGAGUUCGUGCGGUGCCGGACCCUGUACGAAAAGCAGAUCGAAUGGAACCCGUCCAACAGCCAAUCGUGGAUCCAGUACGCUGAACUGGAACGGGGCCUGGAUGACUCGGAGCGUGCUCGGGCGAUUUUCGAGCUGGGGAUCGACCAGCCGACGCUGGAUAUGCCGGAGCUCGUGUGGAAGGCGUACAUUGACUUUGAAGAGUACGAAGGCGAGUACGACCGGGUGCGGCAGCUGUACGAGCGUCUCCUGCAGAAGACGGACCAUGUCAAGGUGUGGAUCAACUACGCGCGGUUCGAGAUCAACGUGCCGGAGGAGGAGGAAGAAGAAGAGGAGGAAGAGGAGGAGCGGCCGGUCAGCGAGGAGGCCAAGCGGCGGGCGCGCGCGGUGUUCGAACGGGCGCACAAGGUGUUCAAGGAGAAGGAGAUGAAGGAAGAGCGAGUGGAACUUCUCAAUGCCUGGCGGGCCUUCGAACAUACGCACGGAUCACCCGAGGACAUCGACAAGAUCGAGAAGCAGAUGCCGCGGCGGGUCAAGAAGCGACGCAAGCUGGACGACGACCGGUACGAGGAGUACAUGGACUAUGUGUUCCCGGCGGACGACCAGUCCGCGGCGAACCUGUCGAAACUGCUGCAGAAGGCGCACGAAUGGAAGAUGGCUCAGGGGCAGGCAUGA